AUGAAUGGAGGACGGAUGGAAUGUAUCGAACGAUUUUACACAUACCCCCAGGAAAGUCCCUACAACAGAGCUGAGUUCCAAGUAAUAAGAGACAGCGGUGAUGGCGUGCUAAUAUUCUGGAGCUCUUGCCCAAGUCAGUAUGUCUGGGUGCUACGCUGUCAAUCUACAGACAACGCCCGCUGCGCCAUCUUAAAUGCUGACAUUGGACUACUUGUACCUACCAUCCCCGACGACCUUCCCUGGCCUCUGGUGCUCAACGAUCUUAGGGAGACGCAGGUAGAGAUGGACAACAAUGCCUUCAAGUGGUUUUAUACCUUUGGAGAGACAUCUCGGUGUAUUAAGUGUUGAGACUGGAGAAUCUAUACGAGCAGAUCUGUUAUGCAGUGUGUCUCAACAAGAACAAACUGAUUAACAAAACUGUUGUAACCUGUUUAAUCCUGUCCAAUGCCUCGUAUUAUUUGAUGAUUCCUGUUAUCUAUUACAGCGUUAUUUCAACCAUAUAAAGAACACAACGGAAAUCAAUUUAUACAUGUUAUUGAAAUUCACCCCGAUCUUGAUUUCCCUUGUAUUCAGUAAUUUAUGACUAGAAUCUGGGGGUUUGGUUUUGCCUGUAAAA